UUCCACUGCCUGACCUUUGAGCCAAUAUCGCUCUGCCCAUUGCCGCCAUGCCUUUGCGUGCCGCCAUCCUCCUUGCUGCCGUGCAGGCUUCCUUGACCCUUGCCUCUGAGCCAUCCUGGUGGCAAGAGCUGAGGCAGCAACAAUCAAUUGGCACUGCCAAAGCCUCGAAAGGCUGUACGGCCGAGCAUCGCACUAGCCUUUGGGAAGACAGCGGGGACGCCUUUGAAGGUUGGGUGUGGCUGAUGAUCAUGGACUUUAUGCCGGUGAACCGCUCCUUCUACAUCCAGGUGCCAAAGAACUUGGGGGAAAGCCCGGUGCCUCUACUCAUUGGUCUCCAUGGCCAGGGGUUUCAGGCAGAUGACUAUGCCAGCACCCGGGACUUCGGAUCUUUCGGCCGUGACUUGGGCUUUGUGAGUGUUUUCCCUCAAGGUCUCGAUGAUGCCAUCCCAGGCGGCGCAGACUUGGGCACUGGCUGGAACGUUGGUACCGCGGGUGAUGACCAAACCUGCGUUACGGAUCAGGUCACAGCAGGGUGCUACGCUUCAUGCUGGCUUCAAAACAGAUGCGGUCAGUGCAACUGGUCAGGCUGCUACGAUGAGCGCAUUUUCGUUUCCGCUGUCAUUGACACGGUCAGCUCUGCCCUGUGCAUCGAUCAGACACGCAUUUAUGUCACAGGUGAGAGCAACGGUGGUAUGCUAGCCCACUUCUUGGUGCAGUCGCUUCCCGGGACCUUUGCUGCAGUGGCUCCAUGGUUUGGGCUUCCGCUGCUGGGGUACGGCUUGGGCGCAGAGUUCGAGUUGGUGCGCGACAGGCAGAACUGCAGGCAAACUGCCAUGUUACAGCUGCAUGGGCGUCAGGAUGAUGUGAUGCCUUUGACUGGCGGUGUGUCUGGCAUGGGCUGGGUUUACGAGCCUUUGAACAAGGUCCAGCAGGGCUGGGCCGCUGUUCAUGAUUGCGACACAGCUGCCAGUUUGACUUCGACGUAUUGGGAUGGGGGCGACAGCAAGAUCGAGUGCUGGGAAUACAAGGGGUGCACCAGUGGACGGCGCAUUAUGCGUUGCUACUACGAGGGUGCCCACAUGCAGGUCCCGGACAGUGGCGCUGCAGACCAGAUCACUAUUUGGUUUUUGCUGCAGCACCGGCUAGGUCUAGCAUCAAAGCCAAAGCAAGCGAUCAGCGCCGUGGUUUAAAGGGGAAGCGAGACUUGAGGGGAAGCGAGACUUUUGUGCGCGACGUUUAGUCCGUGCUGCCUGUCUUGUUGCUUGUUCAGGGCAGGCACCCAGGAUUUUCUGGCAGUUGAAUUCACGAGCAGCUGCAUUUUCUGCUUUGUACGCAACAAGCUGAGACGUGGGCCGUCACUCAGGCUGACGUGCUGUGCAGCGCUGCUAGGGCGAACAUGCGUGCAGCAUGCAGAUCCGC